CUGAAAUGUCAUUUAGUAUACUAUUUAUUAGGCCUCUUUUCUGCUCUAACUUAAACCUGCUGCUGCUUCUGCUUCUGCUUCAAGGAGGCGAUACGAACCCUUCCACACCUAGAGAGCCCUAGAAGAAAGAAAUGGCGACAUUUGAGCAAGCUCCACCUGGUGAUGUAAAGUCAGGAGAGAAGAUCUUCAAAACUAAGUGUGCCCAGUGCCACACUGUUGAAAAAGGUGCUGGCCACAAACAAGGACCCAAUUUGACUGGGCUUUUUGGCAGGCAAUCUGGGACAACUGCAGGGUAUUCCUACUCAGCAGCUAAUAAGAACAUGGCUGUGAUAUGGGGAGAAAGUACUUUGUACGAUUACUUGCUCAAUCCUAAGAAGUACAUUCCUGGAACUAAGAUGGUCUUCCCUGGAUUGAAGAAGCCUCAAGAUCGUACAGAUCUCAUUGCCUAUCUGAAGGAGGCAACUGCUUGAUCAUUUUUUUGUUAUGGAUUAUUUAGCAAAUGAUUUUGACGAUAAUUGAUUAUUGCAAACAAGUAUUUAACCUUUUUUUCCAAACGAAAAGAAAACUGACCCCUUUGAAAUAAGACUGGUCCAGAUGGGAUCAAGGCUUAAAGAUGCCCUUCAUUUUGAGAGUUGAAUUGUGUAGGGGGGAAAAAUCUCUGUUGUAAGACCUUUUCAUGAGGAAUUUCAUGACAAUAUGAUGAUUUUUUUAUAUUGUUUUUACAA